UUGUUUUGUUUGAUGCUUUCGAAACAAUUUGACAGAACCAAAAAAUACCAAAAACCAAACUAACUAGUGAUAUUUUACCUAAAAUAUUUAAAAAGUGCAAAGUUAGGGAAAAAAACAAUGAAUUUAAAUUUUAUGCUGACAGAAAUAUCCCUUCAGCUGCUGGGCAACAAAUUUUACGAUCCCAAUGGCCGUGAGACCGAUAACAUGAAAGAUUUAUUCUCGGUUAACAAUCCCACUCAAUCAACCAAUGGGCAACCGAGGCGCGGAUCAAGAACGAAAGGUAAUCUGCUGCAGAUGAUUGGCGUUCCGGCAUUGGAUGGAGUACUGAAGAAUAGCAACGACUACGUCGAACGGCAGUAUAACGGAUUCAUCGACAAUCAACAGGACCGUUUGGAAUCGAUGCCGCAAGCGGAAGGAACGGCUAAGCUGAACCCCACGCAUAUUCAAACCGACCUGUGUGAGGUGCGGAUCAAAACACGGCAAGAAUUUGUAAGGAUGGUCAGUCAUUCGAAGAAAAUGAAGGAUAUUUAUCUUGACACAUUGCCGCUGGAUGCAGAUCGAAACUGGGAAUCAUCGAAGUACAACGAAGAGGAGCGGAAUCUUCUCAUCAGCGAAUACAACAGGCUACUGUAUUUCCUGAAGUACAUUCUGGCUGACGUGACAGAUCGAACAGAGUAUGAGCAGCUGAUUGAAAUCAUCAAGGGUACAAAGGAAACUCUAAAACAUCUUUAAUUGACUGUAGAAGAAGCGAUGUGCAAGUUGAUGGUAUGAAGUAAAUAAGGACAGAUUGAGGGUUAUUUAAAAAAAAAUAUGAGUAAUAUUUACUCCGAGUAUUAUUUAGAAAUAUAUUUUAGUUAAUUGAC